CGACACACACACAAGCAGCAGGAGCAGGAGCUGCGCCCGGUUUAUCCCGCUGGCCAGGGAGCGCGCAAUAAGGGCACAAAUCGAGGCCGCGCUGCGCGCACACGCCCCUCCAGGGACUGAGGUUGUCGGGCUGCGCCUCCCGGAGCGGCGAGUCCUGAUUAGAAGAAGAGAGAGCGGGAUAUAAGGGAGCCGGAGCCGGGGGAAGAGCCGCAGCAGCCGCAGCGCACACCGGGAGGGAUGAAGCCAAACAUAUAGCUUAGGAACACAGAACUCACCCGGAUCUUGCGUAAUCGCAGAGCAAACACUGUGUGGCUGCCGCAUUAACCGCCUGCGUUAGUUUUGUGUCCAAGUAACAAGAGAAUUUGACUUCAUACGAGUAACUGGCUAAAUAUUGCAUUUUCCAAAUGGGGAACAUGGAUUUCUUACAAUGAACAUCAGAGAACAGACAUAUAUUUAAGGUCAGUCUUUUUUGGAUUAAACUGCCUGCUCUUCUCAAGCUGCUCAAGUCCUUGUUGGCUUUCCUGAAGAAAACAUGGCCAAAGUGUAUGAAUUUAAUUGGCAGAAGGCUGUUCCUUCCUUCAUGCAAGAUGGGGCUGUGUUUGACAGAUAUGAAGAAGAGUCUUUUGUGUUUGAACCCAACUGCCUCUUUAAAGUAGAUGAAUUUGGUUUCUUUCUGACAUGGAAAAGUGAAGGAAAGGAGGGUCAAGUUCUUGAAUGUUCACUCAUCAAUAGCAUACGAUAUGGAGCAGUACCAAAGGACCCGAAAAUCCUGUCUGCCCUGGAAGCCGUUGGAAAGGCUGAGCAGGAACUGGAUGGCAAGAUCCUGUGUGUUUGCUGCGGUACAGAUCUGGUGAACAUCAGCUUUACUUACAUGGUAGCAGAGAGCGCCGAGCUAGCUAAGCAAUGGGUAGAAGGGCUAAAAUCUAUCACGCAUAAUUUUAGAGCCAACAACGUCAGCCCAAUGACAUGUCUCAAAAAACACUGGAUGAAAUUGACAUUUUUAACAAACAUCAGUGGAAAGAUCCCAGUAAGGAGUAUUACAAGAACAUUUGCAUCAGGAAAAACAGAAAAAGUCAUCUUUCAAGCACUUAAAGAGUUAGGCCUUCCCAGUGGAAAGAACGAUGAAAUUGAACCAUCGGCCUUCACCUUUGAUAAGUUUUAUGAGCUCACGCAAAAGAUCUGCCCCCGCACCGACACAGAGGAACUAUUUAAAAAAAUCAAUGGAGACAAAUCUGAUUAUUUAACGGUAGACCAAUUAGUGAGCUUUCUAAAUGAACAUCAGCGAGAUCCUCGUCUCAACGAGAUUCUCUUCCCAUUCUUUGAUGCCAAAAGGGCCAUGCAGAUAAUUGAAACCUAUGAACCAGAUGAAGAGCUGAAGAAAGCAGGUCAGAUAUCAAGUCAUGGCUUUUGCAGGUAUCUGAUGUCAGAUGAAAAUGCCCCUGUCUUCCUGGACCGCUUAGAACUCUACCAAGAAAUGGAACAUCCCUUGGCGCAUUACUUUAUCAGUUCCUCCCACAACACGUACCUCACUGGGAGACAGUUUGGUGGAAAAUCAUCAGUGGAGAUGUACAGACAGGUCCUGCUGGCCGGAUGCAGGUGCGUUGAACUGGAUUGCUGGGAUGGAAAAGGGGAAGAUCAGGAGCCAAUAAUAACGCAUGGGAAAGCAAUGUGUACCGACAUCCUUUUUAAGGAUGUAAUCCAGGCCAUCAAAGACACCGCAUUUGUCACAUCAGAAUAUCCAGUGAUCCUUUCCUUUGAGAACCACUGCAGUAAAUAUCAGCAGUACAAGAUGUCAAAAUACUGCGAAGAAAUAUUCGGCGACCUCUUACUGAGCAAGGCCCUCGAGAGUCACCCGCUGGACACUGGCAGACCUUUACCUUCUCCUAAUGACCUCAAGCGAAAAAUACUGAUUAAAAACAAGCGGCUGAAGGCCGAAGUGGAAAAAAAACAGCUAGAAGCACUGAAAAGUAUGAUGGAGGCUGGAGAAACAGCAACCCCAGUCAGUAUCCUGGAAGAUGACAUUGAAGAGGAAAUUGAAAACGCUGACCAAGAAGAGGAAGCACAUCCAGAAUUUAAAUUCGGGAGUGAACUGUCUUCAGACGACCUCAGCCAAAAGGAAGCUGCAAAUAUUGCCAAAAAGAUGGCUGAAGAUGCUGAACAAGAAAAUAACAACAAAAAGGGUGCUAUAACAGUGGAGGACGAGCAAGCUUGGAUGGCAUCCUAUAAAUACGUAGGUGCCACUACCAACAUUCAUCCAUUUCUGUCAUCGAUGAUCAACUACGCUCAGCCUGUAAAGUUCCAGGGCUUCAAAGUGGCUGAAGAAAGGAACAUCCAUUUCAACAUGUCUUCUUUUAACGAAUCGGUUGGACUGGGAUAUCUAAAGACACAUGCUCUCGAGUUUGUAAAUUAUAACAAGCGUCAGAUGAGUCGGAUCUACCCUAAGGGGGGCCGAGUAGAUUCCAGUAAUUACAUGCCACAGAUUUUCUGGAACGCCGGCUGCCAGAUGGUUUCUCUGAACUAUCAGACUCCAGAUUUAGCCAUGCAGCUGAAUCAGGGGAAGUUUGAGUACAAUGGAUCGUGCGGGUACCUUUUGAAGCCUGAUUUCAUGCGCCGUCCAGAUAGAACCUUUGACCCUUUCUCAGAAACACCCGUGGACGGGGUGAUUGCGGCAACUUGUUCAGUUCAGGUCAUAUCUGGGCAGUUCUUGUCAGACAAGAAGAUCGGGACGUACGUGGAAGUUGAUAUGUAUGGAUUACCCACGGACACUAUACGCAAGGAGUUUCGUACGCGCAUGGUCAUGAACAAUGGUCUGAAUCCCGUUUACAAUGAUGAGCCCUUCGUAUUCCGAAAGGUUAUCUUGCCAGACCUUGCUGUGCUAAGGAUAGCUGUAUAUGAUGACAACAAUAAACUAAUUGGGCAAAGGAUACUACCUCUGGAUGGUCUGCAGGCAGGGUACCGACACAUUUCUCUCCGGAAUGAGGGCAACAAACCACUUUCCCUUCCAACAAUCUUCUGUAACAUUGUUUUAAAGACCUAUGUUCCGGAUGGAUUUGGAGAUAUUGUUGAUGCAUUGUCAGAUCCAAAGAAAUUUCUUUCUAUUACGGAGAAAAGAGCAGACCAGAUGAGAGCAAUGGGUAUUGAAACUAGUGACAUAGCCGAUGUACCAGCUGACAACACCAAGAAUGAUAAAAAAGGGAAAACCAGCAACGCCAAAACAAAUGUGACCCCUCAGAGCAGCUCUGAAGUCAGGCCAUCCGUUACUGCUGCCCCCGGGGCAGGAACCGAAAAUAAAAAAGCUAUCGAUAUUCCUCAGGUGAAGGUAGAAGAAUUAAAACAAAUGAAGGCAUUCCUCAAGCAGCAAAAGAAACAGCAGAAAGAGAUUGCUGCACUAAAAAAGAAGCACUUAAAGGAGCACAGCGUUGUGCAGAAGUUACAGUGCACACAAGUUGACAAAAUAGUGGCACAGUUUGACAAAGAAAAAGUAUCUCAUGAGAGGACCUUAGAGAAAUCAAUCAAGAAGAAAGGAGCAAGUAACUGUCAUGAAAUGAAGAAAGAAACAGAAAAUAAAAUUCAGGUUUUAACUUCAGAUCAUAAAUCCAAGGUGAAAGAUAUUGUGGCUCAGCAUACAAAAGAGUUCACAGAAAUGGUGAAAGCACAGAACGCGGAAGAGCAAACACUCCGAGAUGUCCAUUUAAGCCAACAGUGUGAGCUCCUGAAAGAGUUGCUGCGGGGGAUUCAUGCACAACAAAUGCAGCAACUCAAGCUGACCCAUGACAGAGAAAGCAAGGAGAUGAAGGCCAACCAAGCAAAAUUGUCCAUGGAAAACUGCAAAGCCAUAAGCCAGGAUAAAUCAAUCAAAAACAAGGCUGAGAGAGAAAGGCGAGUGAGGGAACUGAAUAGCAGCAACACAAAGAAGUUCCUUGAGGAACGGAAAAGGCUGGCAAUGAAACAGUCGAAAGACGUUGAUCAGCUGUUAAAAAACCAACAAGAACACAUGGAGAACCUGGAGAAGCAGAAUGAACAGCAUUUGAAAGCGUGCCAUGCAGUGUCUCAAUCACAAGGCAAAGGAGAUACAGCAGAUGGUGAAGCUGGAAGCAGAGAUGGACCACCGUCCAGCAACUGUUGUGUAAAGCUGCAAAAUGCAAACUGAAGUGGAGGAAUCUUCUGCCCUUUCAAGAACACUGUAAAAUACUGACCACAAACACUGAAGCAAAAGCGUGCUCUCGUGCUGUGCCGUCUGGCCUAGGCAACAGAUAAAGGGGCAACUUUUACAUUCUAAGAUCGGCAUGGUUCCUUUUAACAUUUUGAGCACUGUUAAUAUUUAUGCUAAAAAGGAAUACUGUUUAAGAAAGUGAUUUUUAUGAAGAGUAAUAAUUCUAAUAUCAUUUUUUUAAUUAUUUUUACGGUGGUCACUUUAUUCUUUUUACUUGGUGCCGUACACAUGGAGAAGCGGGGUGUUGGAGCCUCCAGCAUCAAGGAGACAAAUCAGGCCCUAGUUACUUGAAUGGUGUAUUCCAGGAGCACAAAUUAGUGCUGUGGCAGGAGAUACUUUGCAUCUGGUUCUUUAUUAAAUGGCGGAUACUUGCUUGCAAAGCAGCGCGCAUGGAGAGCUUGUGCUUGAGCUGAAUAUACAAUGACAGCAUUAUAGGUCUCCUGGGUUAACAAAACCUGGCAAGCACCAUCUGUUGAGCAUCCCCCAUAGGCUGAGUGCUGGGAAACCAAUAGCCGUUACUCUUGAUAGAGAGCAAAAUGGUUAGUGAGGGGGUGUUUGCUAAUUGCCUAUGGUAUCCAAGCAAUUUCCUUGCAGCAAGCGCCAUGGCACACUUUUUCCACUGACAUGGCUUUUUCUUUAGUCUACACACUGGUAAGUUUAGACUCUUCAUCAAAUUAUUUAGCUAUAGUAGAAUCAAGGAAUUCAGCAAAAUCCUGCGUGAUACUACUGUAUAAAAAAAAUCGCAUUUGGCACCAAAGAUAUUUAAACGAUUCGCGUAACAGAAAAUGUCUGUUUCUGAUUUCAGAUCUGGAAUAUUUUUUAUUAUAAACAUAAUAUUUAAAUGCCUAUAUGCCAGUAGCUUUAAUUAUUUCAUGGGACUGUUUAUUCCCCCUCAACCCACCCAACUAUCUUGUAGCAAGCUUUUAAGCAAUAAAAAUGCCGUCUACCCGCCCAUGGGAAACCAGUGCUCGGAUGUUAAAAGGAUCAUGCAAUCGGCACUUUAAGAAACGUUUACAUCCAAUAUUGUACAGAAGAUAAAUGUUGAUUUUAAUGCUGCAAAUUCCAGAUAUUACAGUGUAUUUUAAAGAUAGCAAAAAAAAAACGGGAAUGAUAAAGGUUUGUAACUGUGAAGAUGUAUAAAGUAUUUAUACAUAUAUAUAUAUAUAAAGAUAUAUAUACUUGUACGCAAAUAUUGUAGAAUAUUCAUGUUAAUGCAGGGAGAACACUUUGUAAACUUUCCUAUUAGGCGAUGUCUGCAUGUUCUACACUGACCCCUGGAUGGUUAUGCACAAUACCAUAGCCAUGUUGUACUUCUGUAAAUGUAUCACACGGUCGUACCACUCUUAAUGCCAAACAGGUUUUUAACAUUGCAAUGACGUGUCCAUUCUAGUUUUGUGAUUUUUGUACUGACUGUAAGUCACGGGGCAGGCAACCUGUUGCAGAGGUCCCAUCAUCCUCGGCUGCCCGCUGAGAAUCAUAGGAUCGGUAAGCACGGGUUUCUAUCCUUAGGCUAAUUUUAUAUACAGCGCCACAGCAUAAAUACUGUAUGCAGAAUUUCAAGCCAAUUUUUUUGUGUUUGCUGGGUUUUUUUUUUCUUUCCAAACUGUUUGUUGCAGAGUUGAUUUGCAUGGGUCCUGCGCCAUAUAAUAUUACUGGGCAAAAUGCAUGUGCUAGCCAUUUACUAGCCACAUAUCCACGGUGCCAAUACCGACGUGACACUAAUAGCUUAGAACAAACGGAUCUGCUAGCUUUGGAAUUCCAAAUUCAAGCAGACUCUUUAUCGGUUAUCAUGGGAUCCCCUUCUGUCUGUUGAGCCCCAUUUAUAGGAAGCUAUUCAGUUAAAUAUAGAUAAGUGCAAUAACAAGUAACCAGUAACCAAUUCUCUUUGAUAAUGACACUUCCAAUUUCUUAACCAUGUCCAUCAUAUUAUAGUGCCAUUGCCGCGUGCAAGGCAAGUUUUUAUAUUUCCUGUAAUGUACAUUUCUGAAAUAUAAUGUUGGUGUAUAUUUACACAAAUAAAUAUUAAAUAUCAUAUUUGCCAACCUCUCCCCGAUUCUGACCUUGGUGAUGUCCAGUGUAUUGGUAGAUAACUUACCUUUUUGUGCCUAAGCCCAAUGGUUACUAGUCUCUGUCUUCCACUAACUCACUAUUGCCUUUGACUCUAUGGAAUACUCUGUAGCUGUGCCCCGGGGCAGUCUAAUAGGAGACUGUCAUUGUUUUGUCUUUAAUUUUGUGCUUUGGGUUUACUUUAUGGGCAAUGCCACAUGGGGGCUUUUGCUUUUCUGUUUUGGGGGUUCAUUUGCUUCCUAUUAUAAUGGGAAUAAACCUGCUUAUGGCACCAGAAAUGCAGAGAAAUAGCAAUGGACUUUAAUGGGAAGCUAAUCCCAGCAACCCCUGGUAUCUGCCGCUACAUAGCCUGCUCAUUUAAAGUAGCCUGGCUUCUGAAGCAAAGCUAAGUUAGUUGUCCAUGCAGUAUCCUACCCGAUCUCAAAUGGCAAUGCAAACGUCUCAAAAAAUUCUUUAAGUAUACAUGUAGUAGGAUGUUUUAUGUGUAUUUAUCUUUUAAACACAGCCUUAAGUAACUGACCAUAGCCUUCUAUUUUCUAUUGGUGCGAAUUUGCAUUAAAUCCUGUGUUUUUAAGUUUAUCUUGUAUGGACGAUGGUUGUUUGUUUGUUUUUUAUUUUAAUUGUUUUCUUCAAUAAAUCUUUUGGUGUUUUACAGUGCUG